AUGGAGGUUAAAUGUUGCCCGAACCUGAAACACCUCUCUUUCGAUGGAUCCUACAAUGCAUCGGAGGACGCCGUUUUGAAUAUCAUCCGUAGCUGUAAGAGGCUACAAGUCAUUGACUUCUCUGAUUCCCCCUAUGUUACAGAAGAAGUCCUGGAAGAGCUGGGUGGCAACAACUGCCCAUGUUUCCGAGGGAUCAGGAGGCCGGGAACGAUUAGCAGCUUUCAAGCAAGCGCCAUUGCCAGAAACUUACCAAGAUUGAGGCUCCUGAACCUGUCCAACACCGAUCUCACUGAUGGUGGUUUGUCUACCAUACUAUCUGGUUGUCUUUGUCUUGAGUAUCUGGAUGUUAGGGGGUGCAAUUUCCUGAAACUUGGUUUCCAUAUGAUAGAAAGAGCUACAACGCAGAUCAUUGAAUUUCUUUAUGAUCCUGAUGAAGGUUAUUAUGAUGAUUCUGGAGAUUGGUUCAAGUUUGAUCGUAGCGAUUCAAUAUACUGGUGA